CAAAUCCUUAGACCGAAUCUCAGCGUUCAAUGAGCAAGUGAUUCAGUUGCAUGACGAGAUCGUAUUCAUGUAAACAUGACUGAUGGAUAUUAUAUUAACACCGCCUAUCAAAAUGAUGAGAUUGAACUGGAGAAACAGGGACCAAAAACUGAUGAAGCUACACCGAAAGCCGUCUUGACUGAUUCUCUUCCCGACGAACCUAACAAUAAUAGUAAUCAAAAAAGAGCAACAUGGGGCAAGAGUAUAGAAUUUCUGAUGUCGUGCAUAGCAAUGAAUGUCGGUUUAGGAAAUAUUUGGAGGUUUCCUUUUGUGGCGUAUGAAAAUGGUGGAGGAGCCUUUCUAAUCCCGUACCUUAUAGUAUUGGUAUUAAUUGGUAGACCCAUGUACUACCUGGAAAUGUGUCUGGGGCAAUUCAACAGUAGAGGCAAUGUCAAGAUAUUCGAGAAUUUAGCUCCCGUCUUGAAAGGUGAGUGGGCCGGGCAAUCUUAUUAA